AUGGAAGAAGAAAAGCUGCCUCCCUUUACGGCAGCGGUUCCCGGCCUCGAGGCCUCCCUCAGAAACCGGCCAUUUACUACGGAAAAACGCCUCUUCUUCUUCGCCGGCCGCGACUCCGAGAGGUUUUCAGACAAGAGAGAGAGGUUAAUGCAUCUUAAAAACAAACAGAGGGAAUUCCAAAAACAUGUUUUGAAGGCCAUGGCGGGGAAGGAGGUUACUGAUCAGCUGAGGUGGAAAAUAAUGUCUUGCAAGAUGAGGAUUGAGCAGCUGAAACAAACCAUUUGCAAAGAGAAUGAUGAGAUGACAAGAAACACAGAGGGGCUUCUCAGAGUUAAAGAUGAAAACCAGAAGCUUAAUCGCAGGGCUCAGAGGCACCAGGAGAAGAAAGAGAAGAUUCAGAGGCAUAACCGCAGGCUGGGAGACUUGGUGGAAAAAAAGAAUUGUGAUCUGAAAACCCAGCAUGAGCACUUGGCAGAUCUUCGACGGUCUCACAUACUGGAGCUGACCUCCGUCAUUUUUCCCAUUGAAGAAGUGAAGACGGGUAUGAGAGAUCCUGCAGAUGUUUCUUCUGAGAGUGAUAAUGCAAUGACCUCUAGCACUGUGAGCAAGCUUGCAGAAGCCAGAAGAACAACUUAUCUGUCUGGAAGGUGGGUGUGUGACGAUCAAAACGGAGACACCAGCAUCAGCAUCACUGGUCCUUGGAUAACCCUUCCCAAUAAUGGAGACUAUUCAGCAUAUUACAAUUGGGUGGAAGAGAAGAAAACCACGCCAGGACCAGAUAUGGAGCAUAAUAACCCUGCCUACACCAUCAGUGCUGCAUUGUGCUAUGCAACUCAGCUGGUUAACACCUUGUCUCUUAUACUUGAUGUAAACCUUCCUAAGAAAUUGUGUAACAGUGAAUUCUGUGGAGAGAACCUGAGCAGGCGGAAGUUUACCGGGGCAGUGAAGAAGCUGAAUGCUAAUAUCCUUUACCUUUGUUUUUCUCAGCAUGUAAAUUUAGAUCUGUUGCAUCCAUUACACACACUCAGGAACCUCAUGUACUUGGUCAGUCCAGACACUGAAAACCUGGGCAGAUCUGGGCCUUUCGAGGUCAGUGCUGAUCUUGAAGACUCCAUGGAGUUUGUGGACCCCAGUGCUGCUGGUGAGACGGACGAGAGUGGAGAUGAGCAUGUCAGCGACGAAGAGACAGAUCUUGGGACCGACUGGGAAAAUCUGCCAAGCCCACGGUUCUGUGAUAUCCCCUCACAGCCGGUUGAGAUGUUUCAGAGUCAGAGCACGCAGGUGUCCCAGCCCAUCGCCAGCAGCAGUGCUGGUGGCAUGAUCUCUUCUGCUGCGGCCUCUGUGACCUCGUGGUUUAAGGCGUACACUGGGCACCGUUAAUGAGCACGCAGGACGAGUUCGCCAGACUAGUGGAAGGAAUCCCUCCCCCAGCCGACGCUGUAGGAAACCUUUACCUAUUCAGUUAAGUAGUGCCUGGAACAAACAAAAGGUCAAACUUUAAUUUUGUAAACCAGAAGAACCUUUUUAUUUACCCAAGAUGACUGUGACGGUAACAUUUUGUAAAUUUACCGCAUACGCCCUUCUGACUUGUUCUCCAAAGGCACUUGGUGCCUUGGGCCUGUCUGCAUUGCGGAGUCAUGGAGAAGAGCCCUGCAGCAGAUUCUGGUUUUUUACUUCCUAAAGAAGUGGAUUUGCAAUCCUUGGAGCAGGGCCAAGCAUGGGGGGGAAGAGAGAGCUGCUAAAUAUUCCGGUUGUGCAAAUACGCCCACACAUGAUGAACGUCUGAUUAACUGGCUACCGGGUUGUGUUUGUGCGUGCGAAACCUGGGUCGUUAACACAAUGCUGACAACAAAAAUGCAGGCUCCCAGAAUAGGUUGGGGGGGUGUUUUGUUUUAGGGGGUUUUUUUGCUAAUUCAGGACACGAAAAUUAUGCAUUUCAAUGUGGUUUCUAAUCUUUGUUGCCAUAUUUUUAAUACGGAGAACCAGCAUGGAUGGUAAUUUACAAAACCGCUUGCUUUUUAUUUUAACUUUUGGUUGCAGAUUUACCCAGUUCUCCUGUAGGAAACAGAUACAUUUCAUACUUUUUUUCCCACUAGUAGGUUGUCCAAAAGUUUCACGCUAUGCUGUCCAAAGCACCCAGUCUCUUUUCUAUUAAUAUAUUCAUAUCAUACACCAAAGAAAUACCGGAUAUCCAUUUGCCUAGAGCCACUUUCAGCCAUACAGAAGGGUCACAUUGUUGCAAUAACCUUCAUCACUUACAAAGGCACCAUAUUUUUAAGGUCAGUGAGUUUCACUUCGAGCUAGUUUAAUGAAGUUGUGUGUUCUUCACACUAUGUGAGUUUAAACUUUUUAUUUUGUGUUUAUGGUGGGCUUUUUUUCUGUUCCUUUUUUUUUUUUUAAGGUAGAAAAGUUGAUUAAAUUUCCCUGCAGAAAUGUUAUUAACACGGUCAGGCCGUGUUGUAAAACUACAGGAGGUGUGAUACAGACAGAUGCUUUCACUAACAAGUGCCCUCCCAUUUCCUUCUGUUUCCCAGAUCUGGAUUACUUUACUUAAGGAUGUUUUGCCCAGCCAGGCUUCAGAAAUGGGUGGUUUACAUUUUAUACAGUUGACACUUUAAUUAUUGGGGAAAUAUAUAAGAACAUCCCCUCCCCUGCCAGCAGAUGCUCCCUGCCACUCUUCCCUACAAUCUCUUACGGCAGCACUUCUGUUCCGGAGACUCCUCACGAGAGAGGUCCUGUACAGAUGGGUAGUGGCAGGCUGUGGUGAGCGAAUGGAUGUGUGGCAUUACUUGGAGCUUUUGUGUGUUCUGUCGAUGCCAAGCCUAGGCUUUGCUCUUUCUGUCUUGGUGGAAUCGGUUAAGGGAGCAUUUUUCCUCUAGCCAUAGAAAUGAGAUAUGUGGCAUCCUUGGAUGCCAGUAUGGGUACUACUUCACUGCUUCGUUUUGAGAAUUGCUGGAAAAGGGCAUCCUGCACUGCUGGUCUGCCCCAGAGAUGAGAUGGCUUUGUGUAGGUAAGAUGCUCUUCAACCGGGGGCACCAUUCGUAAGGCCUGCUUACCCUUCCUCUCCCGUAGACGGCCAUUCUUUCCACUUGACCUCGGACGUGAGGGUGUGGUAAGAAAACUUAGUUAGAAGUCUCCUCUACCCCAUCUCUGACUAGGGGCUUGCUUUCUUUAUAAAACCAAAGACCCUUACAUUUACACUAUUGGAACAUAAACUGUUAGAUCAGGCAUUUUAUCCUCAGCCAUGUCUGCUUUGUUCAGCCCAAGACUUCAUUUGGGGAAAUGGAACAAUGAAGAGAAUGGCCAAGAUUCCUGGUCUGAUGCGGUCUGUAUCAAGGCUGCGCAGUGUCCCUAGACCCUCUGACAGGGCCAGACUCGAACCCUUCCCAAGGGUGGGGGAAGUCAGGAUGUGGCUGCUAUUCAAAUUGAGGCACUUUACUAGUUGCAGCUGAUCAGAUCCCUGGUGUUUAUGAGCAAUCGGCCGAUGCUCCUGAGUACUGUAUACUGGGCCACUAGUUUCUCACCUCAGAUUCAUUCUGGUCUCCAUUGAAUUUUUUUUCUUUUUUGCAUUGGACUCUUACUGUGUAGAUGUUUCUAUCACGGUUUCAUUUCAGCCUUUGCGCUUGCAUGAAAACAAUUCUAAUCAAGUAGCAGAAGUCCCAGAAUCCUAGGGCCAGGCCAGGCCAGACUGAAUGCAUCUGAUCCUGGAUGCAAAGAAGGGCCUGGUCUGGAAUGGGGGAGGCCUUUGGGCACUCUCACAUGCUGUAGGGGUAGCCCUUCCUCGUCUGGGAUCCCCUUCGCUGGAGGUUUUCAGGAAGAGGCUGGACAGGCAUCUGCCUGGAAUAGCAAAUCCUGCAUGUGCAGGGGGCUGGACUAGAUCAGGCUUGUCCAACAUACGGCCCGCGGGCCGCCAUGCAGCCCUCCAAGCUGUUUUCUGAGGCCCGAGGUGCUGUGACGGGAAACGAAAGUAAA